GCCGGCGGGUCGCGUGGCCAUGGCGGAGGUGGUGCUGGAGGAGCUCUCGGCCUUGGCCGCGAUUUUCUGCGGGCAGGAUGAGUGGGAGGUGCUGAGCCGCUCAGAGACAGAUGGGACCGUGUUCAGAAUUCACACAAAAGCCAAUGGCCUUACGGAUGCAGAUAUACCCUUAGAAUUGGUGUUUCAUUUACCAGUCACUUACCCUUUGUGUCUACCAGCGAUCUCGAUUACCUCUGAACACCUGACCAGGGCCCAGUGUGUGACUGUGAAAGAGAAAUUACUUGAGCAAGCAAAGAAUCUUUUGUCAGAACCCAUGGUUCACGAGCUUAUCCUCUGGAUUCAGCAGAAUCUCAGACACAUCCUCAACCAACCAGAAACAGCAAGUGGCAAUGAAAAGUGCACUUUCCCAACAAGCACAAUUGUGGAAGAUGGAUUGUGGAUAACUCUUUUGCAUUUAGACCACAUGCGAGCAAAGACUAAAUAUAUCAAGACUGUGGAGAAGUGGGCUUCAGAUUUAAGGCUGACAGGAAGACUGAUGUUCAUGGGUAAAAUAAUACUGAUUUUACUACAAGGAGACAGAAACAACAUCCAGGAAUACCUGAUUCUCCAGAAAACCUCCAAAGUAGAUGUGGACUCAAGUGGAAAGAAAUGCAAAGAGAAAAUGAUUAGUGUACUGUUUGAAACAAAAGUACAGACAGAACACAAAAGGUUUCUGGCAUUUGAAGUCAAAGAGUAUUCAUCACUGGAUGAGUUACAAAAGGAAUUCGAAUCUGCAGGACUUAAGAAGAUUUUCUCUGAAUUUGUUCUUGGGCUGGUAAAAUAAAAUGGAAGACAGGAGUCUUCUAAUGAAACUACAGUGUUUUUGUUUGUUGUUUUUUGUGUGUGUGUGUUGGAUUUGGGGAGUAGCUAAUUGACAUAAUUUUAAGGGAACAAUUUUUAAAGUUUCUCUGAAGAAAAAUGAUAGAUACCAUUCUAACUUCAGGAACAAAAGCCAAAUUUGUUUUAUGGAAAAAUGAAGAUUAAGAAAAUCACAACUAUAUUUUAAUGUUUGCCAGGACAACUUAGGUCCAUUAGAUGGAACAUUAUUUGAAAGAUAAAUUAAAAAGGUGAUAGUAAAUGAGCCCUUGUUUUUAUGUGUAGGAUUUGUUUGGAACUAUACAAUUUUCUGGCUAAUUUUCUUGUAAUUAAAUGAUUUUUCUAAAGAGAUUUGUUUUCACAUUUACUUAAAACAUUUUUAGCAUUUGAUCACAUUUUUUUUCCAUUCAGCUUAUUAUGUCUAAUGUUUUAAGUUGAAUGCUAGGAAAAAUAUAACACUGAUUUCUUUGUGGAAUUGCAUAAAUCAUUAGUUUGUUUAAAUACAAACCAAAAAAUUCUAUAGAACCUGAUUUAAAAUUGCUCUCUUUAGUGUCCCAGAAUAGCAUGUUACUUGCUAGCUGUAAGACUAGAGAAUUGAUUUAAAUUAAAAUUUUUUAUGUGAAAAAUUUACUUUCUGGUUUUAUAUGGGGAGAAAUGUUUCACACAAAAUGACUUGCUGGAUGGGGGAAAUUAUACGGAGGUACUUUUUUUAAUUUCUUAUGAAAUUUAUUAAAGCAUGGUAAUCUUAAAAUGCAUUUAUUAUGCCAUAAAAUAAAAGCUUGUAUUAAAAUUUAUAACGAAAGUGUAAGUCGACAUUUUUGCCUGAGAAAGGAUAUGUGUGUACGAG